AUGGAUGGGUAUUGGUAUGGACAUGAAGAAUCAUAUGAUUAUGUUUAUAUGACUCAUGAAGUAAGCGGCAUAGUUAGUUUGGAUAGUAAAUUGAUUGGUUUUGGUAUUUUAUCAGUUGGUGGUGUUGAUGGUGGUAUUUCAAUCCAAAAAUUAAAAGUACAUGGAUGA